AUGUCUUCGAGAAGGAAACCGCGACAACGCAUCUGUCCGGGAUGUCACACACAACAAGAAWAUCACCAAUUUGGCAAGAUGCACAAAGCUUGCCAAGGACCAAGCAGCGAUGGUGAAGAUAGCGACCACGAGGUCAACAUAGCUUCCACAUCGAAGACUGAUGGAGAGCUGCUCCAGGCAAUAAGACUCNGGAAACAAAGUGACAGCCGACAAAUGCCAGACACGAAACAAUGCAUCUAUUGUGGAGGCAAACACAAACCAGUACGCAAGAACUGCUCAGCGUAUGGACAAACUUGCAAGUCGUGUGGCAAGAAAAACCACUUAACUAAGAUGUGCAGACAAGAAAAGGCGCACGCACUCAACGAUGAAACGGACACUGAAUCCAGCGAUCCUGAGUACAGUUUCUCAGUAUCAGUGAAACCGGAAACCAUUAACAAAGUCGGCGCAGCACGUGGCAAAAACAAGCAAAUCUAUGCAAACAUGAUGAUAGGAGAGCAAAAGGUCWAAUUCCACGUCGAUUGUGGUGCCACGGUUAACGUAUUACCGAACAAAUAUGUUAACAACAACGAGAUAAAACCAACAGAGAAAGUGUUGCAGAUGUGGAACAAAACUGAGCUUAAACCAGAAGGAAUGUGUCAUCUAGCUGUCACAAACCCAAGAAACGGCCGGAAGUACGACGUAGAGUUCAUGAUUGUAAAACAGAACUUGACUCCGUUGCUAGGAACAACCGUCAUACAGGAAAUGGGUCUCAUUGAGGUUCACAGCGAUAACUUCGAAGCGAUUUCUGAUGUAAAAGAAAACAGUGAAAGGAAGACCGCUGAACAAGUCAUCAAAGAGCACAAGGACGUCUUCGAGGGUGAGCUGGGGACGUUAGCGGGUGAGCAACACCUAACAAUAUACCCAACAGUGCCGUCCAACAUUGCACCGUCAAGAAGAGUGGCAUUUUCUUUGAAACCUAAAUUGAAAGCGGAGCUAAAUAGACUUACGGGGUUAGGCGUUAUAGCUCCCGUUGAUGAGCCUACUAAUUGGGUUAGCAACCUGGUGGUCAAGACAAAGGACUCGGGAGAGUUAAGACUUUGCUUGGACCCCAAGCCACUAAACAAGGCGCUCAAACGAGAGCGUUAUCCAUUGCCUAUCAUUGAAGAUGUGUUACCUGCUCUUGCURAAGCGAAAGUGUUCACCAAAGUAGACGCCAGAAACGGCUAUUGGCACGUGCAGUUGAACCRUGAGUCGAGUCUGCUGACAACGUUUGACACGCCCUUUGGACGGUAUCGCUGGAGAYGGCUACCCUUUGGAGUCAGCGUCGCGUCAGAGAUCUUCCAGAAGAGACUCAACCAGGCUCUAGACAGACUCGAUGGUCUACUAACUGUCCACGACGAUAUGGUCAUCUACGGAGUGGGGGACACCGAGGAAGAAGCAACUGAGGAUCACAACAAAAAGCUAGCACAGUUCCUACGACUCUGCAGAGAAACAGGAGUGAAGCUGAACAAAAGAAAGCUGAAACUACUCUGCAAAGAGAUCCCCUACCUGGGUCAUCUCGUUACCGCAGAAGGACUAAAGCCAGAUCCCGAGAAGGUGGAAGCUGUACAAAACAUGCCAAAGCCGGACAACGUGAAAGCAGUAAGACGAUUUUGCGGGUUUGUCAAUCUCGCAAAAUUCCUGMSACACCUAUCCGAGGUACUGGAGCCUAUCCAGCAGCUGACUCACACCGAAGUGGUMUGGRACUGGUCACAUGAACAUGACGCAGCCAAAGUCAAAGAGCUKGUCACGACAGCUCCGCUAUUGAGGUACUAUGACCCAGAAGAAGAGCUGACAGUGCAAUGCGACGCCAGCGACAAARGAUUAGGAGCAGCUCUGAUGCAGAAUGGACAGCCCGUCGCAUUCGCCAGCCGUGCUCUCACUGAUCCAGAGACUCGAUAUGCACAGAUCGAGAAAGAGAUGCUGGCUGUGGUGUUUGCUCUUCAGAAGUUCGACCAGUAUGUCUAUGGUCGCAGCGUGACAGUGGAGAGAGACCAUAAGCCCCUAGCAACCAUCGCAGUCAAACCGCUAAGAAGUGCUUCAAAGAGACUUAAGGGGAUGUUACUGAAGGUCCAGAGAUACGACGUCACAAUUGUGUACAAACCUGGACCAGAGAUGUACCUAGCAGACACGCUAAGCCGAGCGUACCUACCAACAUCUGMCAACACCCAAGGCGAGUUCGAAAGGAUAAACGCUGUAAAAUACCUACCAAUGACUGACGAGAGACUGGAGGAACUAAAGGCAGCCACAGUCAACGACGAGACUCUGCAACAGCUGAAGCAGAUCAUCCAGUGUGGUUGGCCAGAGGAGAAGAGGAACCUGCCAGCCAUGKUCAGACCCUUCUACGGAUACAGAGAUGAGCUCAGCGAGUACGAUGGACUUGUGUUCAGGGGCGAAAGGAUCCUCGCCCCAAAGACGAUGCGGAAGACAAUGAAGGAACGUCUUCACAGCUCUCACACUGGAAUAAAUGCUUGCCUAAGGAGAGCAAAAGAAUGCAUGUUCUGGCCAGGCAUGACGUCCGACAUCAGAGAAUAUGUAGCUCAGUGUGAAACGUGUGCUGCCUUCACGGCAAAACAACAGAAGGAGACACUAAUGAGCCAUGACGUCACAGAGCGACCAUGGGAGAAAAUCGGUACAGACCUGUACACAAUUGGAGGCAAGGACUACCUCGUGAUUGUGGACUACUUUUCAAACUUCUGGGAAAUCGAGCCCCUAAGCGACACAAAGGCAUCUACCGUCAUCAAGAAAGUGUCAUUUCGCAAGGAAUGGUAUUCCGGAUACUGUCAUCAGUGA